CUGAUGCUUUUACAUUAGCAAGGACGCAUCAGCAAGGCCCUGCAACAUUCAACUUCUUGAUUGCACUACGCAAUCGAGUACGCGCAUAGGGUUUUACAAUCCAUUUCAAUUGCUUUCAUUGAGUGAUAGGAAUUCGAGCGCCCCCUUGGGAGCCAGCGGGCGGUUUGCGUUUUAGCGUCGAAGACGUUUUCUGUCCCGUUCUUCGUCUCCUUCGCAUUCAACGCAGCGCGCAGGGCGCACCCCUGCUUGCGCCGCCCACCCGUGUGUGGUAGCUAGCAUGCAGUACAGGAGCACAUGUAAAUCAAGUAAGCGCAUCGUGUGAAACAUCUGCGGGAAUGCCCUGUAGCUCAAGCCGUGCAGCCCGUGCUGGCAGAGAGGAGAAGCCUCGGCCGCCACAGCAACAGCUGUACAUGGCAGCCGCCGCGGCCGCCGCCGCGGAGGCUAUACCGCCGGCGCCCAUGGCCCCUCCCUCUCCAGGCAAGUGGCAGCAGCAGCAGCAGCAGCAGCAGCAGCAGCAGCAGCAGCAGCAGCAGCAGCAGCAGCAGCAGCAGCAGCAGCAGCAGCAGCAGCAGCAGCAGCAGCAGCAGCAGCAGCAGCAGCAGCAGCAGCAGCAGCAGCAGCAGCAGCAGCAGCAGCAGCAGCAGCAGCAGCAGCAGCAGCAGCAGCAGGCGUCGGACAGAUUCUUCCACCACUGCUACUGGUGGCUAUCCCUAUGCGCUGUCAUCGUCACACACGUAGCAGUCCUGUGGCGACGGUCCCCACGAGGAGACGAGGGUUACCCAGGGAUACCGGAGCAGGCGACUGCGGUGAUGGCGUUCGGACUGAGCGUCCGCCGCCGCGGCCGCAGGUGCAGCUAGGUGCAGCCCGUGUGGCGGCGCGGUGGCGCUGCAGGAGGUGCAUGGUCAGUGCUGGGAGCGCCUCGGUGCUUCACUUGCGCUUCUUCAGUCCUCACCGAU